UCCUCUGGGCAGAGCGCCCCUCAGUCCUUGCUGGAGAGCGGCUCGGCGAGCGAUGGCUGAGACGCGCGCGGGGCCACAAGUCCGAGAGAUCUUUAACACCAUGGAGUACGGACCGGUGCCUGAGAGUGACGCAUGCGCACUGGCCUGGCUCGACACCCAGAACCGGCAGCUGGGUCACUACGUGGAUGGGAAGUGGCUGAAACCAGGCCAGAGGAAAACAGUGCCUUGUCUGGAUCCCAUCACAGGAGACAGCCUGGCCGUUUGCUUCGAGGCACAAGCCGAAGAUGUGGUGGCAGCUGUGGAGGCAGCCCAGACCGCCUUUACGGACUGGAGCAGCCAGGCUGGGGCCCAACGGGCCCAGCACCUGACCAGGUUGGCCAAGGCGAUCCAGAAGCACCAGAAGCUAUUGUGGACCCUGGAGUCCCUGGCUACUGGGCGGGCUGUUCGAGAAGUCCGAGACAGGGACAUGCCUCUGGCCCAACAGCUGCUCUGCUACCACGCAGGCCAGGCGUACGCCCAGGAGAAGGCGCUGGCUGGCUGGGAGCCCGUGGGGGUGGUUGGCCUCAUCCUGCCUCCCACUUUCACCUUCCUUGAGAUGAUGCGGAGGAUUGCCCCCGCCCUGGCUGUGGGCUGCACGGUGGUGGCCCUUGUGCCGCCGGCCUGCCCGACGCCCCUCCUCUUGGCCCAGCUGGCAGGCGAGUUAGGCGCCUUCCCGGGCAUCCUCAACGUGGUCAGCGGGCCCGCGCCCCUGCGCUCCGCCCUGGCCUCGCACCCUGCCGUCCAGAAGGUGGCCUUCUAUGGGGCCGUCGAGGAAGGACGUGCCCUCCGGCGGACCUGCACGGGCACCGAGCUGUCCCUAGCCCUGGGGGCGGAGUCGCUGCUGCUGCUCACCGAGACGGCUGACCUUGAUUCCGCAGUGGAGGGCGUGGUGGACGCCGCCUGGUCCGACCGCAGCCCGGGGGGCGUCCGGCUCCUUAUCCAGGAGAGCGUGUGGGACGAGGCCGUGAGGCGGCUCCAGGCACGGAUGACACGGCUGCGGGUGGGCCGGGGCCUGGACGGGGCCGUGGACAUGGGGACCCGAGGGGCCGCUGCGAUUGCCCAGGCUGAGAGCUAUGUUCACCAGGCCCAGAAGCAGGACCCACCCUCACCCCUGUCCCAUCCCAGCUCUGUGCCCCGCUACGGGUGCUUUGUAAAGGGCCGUUUCCAGGCCCCGGGAGGCCAGAAUUUCAGGCCCAUCCAGGAUUUGUCUGGCACCCUCCAUGGCUAUGUGGCUGAGGGUACUGCCAAGGACGUCCAAGACGCCGUGGAGGCCGCUCACCAGGCUGCCCCCAGCUGGGCGAGCCAGUCUCCAGAGGCCCGGGCGGCCCUACUCUGGGCCCUGGCGGCUGCGCUGGAGCACCGGGAAUCUGUCCUGACCUCGUGCCUGGAAAGGCAGGGAAAGGGGCCCAAGGCCGCCCAGGAGGAGGUGAAGCAGAGCCUGGAGCGCCUUCGGGAGUGGAGGACCCCCCAGGCCCUGGGCCGCACCCUGCAGGCCACAGGACUGCGAGGCCCCGUGCUGCAGCUGCAGGAGCCUCUGGGCGUGCUGGCCAUCGUGUGCCCGGAUGAGUGGCCACUGCUUGCCUUCGUGACCUUGCUGGCCACCGCCCUAACCUACGGCAACAGCCUGGUCAUGGUGCCCAGUGAGGAUUAUCCACUGCCUGCCCUGGAGGUGUGCCAGGAGGUCUCGGACCUGUUCCCAGCCGGCCUGGUGAACGUGCUGACGGGGAGCCACGACCAUGUGACACGCUGCCUGGCCUUGCACCAGGACGCCCAGGCCCUGUGGUAUUUCGGAUCUGCCCAGGGUUCCCAGUUCGUGGAGUGGGCCUCCGCAGGACACCUCAAGUCAGUGUGGGUGAACCGGGGCGCCCCGCGGGCCUGGGAUCAGGAGACCCAGGGGGCCGGCCCAGAGUUCAGGCUUCGGGCAUCUCGGACCAAGAUCCUGUGGCUGCCCAUGGGAGACUGAUGUGUGUGCCCACACAGAGAGAGGAGAGAGAACCCCAGAGGUGUGAAGCCGCUGGGAGCAUCCUCUGAUCAUGGUCCCCAUGCCCUCCAAUAAACCUUCCGGCUGCC